CGCGUCUACUCCCGGCUGGUAAUCUUAAGUAGUAGCCACACGAUCAACCGACCAUACUUCCCACCACCUCUAUAUAAGGCUACCCUCAGCAUCGCACUGCCGUUGCUCUAUACACCCUGACUUGAACCGUUCUCUGCAUCAUCAAAUAUCCCGCAUCUUCAUUCGGCACUAUGACUCUCGCCGAGGAGCUCCGCUCGAGAAACUUCAGUAUCUAUGGACAAUGGACGGGCGUGAUCUGCAUCGUCUUGUGCUUGGCUCUCGGUAUCGCCAACAUCUUCUCGUUCGACGUCGUGAUUAUCAUCUUUAGUGUUCUGUGCCUCAUCUCUGGUUUGAUCCUCAUCUUCGCCGAAGUGCCCUUCCUCCUCAGAAUAUGCCCCACAUCACCAAAAUUCGAUGCAUUUAUCCGACGCUUCACCACAAACUGGAUGCGCGCUGCAAUGUAUACAGUGAUGAGUGUUGUGCAAUGGCUCAGUCUUAUCAAGUCCGCUACCAGUUUGAUUGCGGCUGCCGUGUUCCUACUCAUCGCCGGUUUGUUCUAUGCACUGGCGGGUCUCAAGAGCCAGGAAUUCGUUGGCAGCAAGACUUUGGGCGGCCAAGGUCUUGCGCAGAUGAUCGUCUAAGACUGGUCUGAAACGUGAUUUAUGAAGCUAAGGUAGACCUUUCGCCUGUCAUGCAGCUAUUGCACAUGUCAUCUUCAACGUUCGUGCACUGCGCUCGAAAAGAGCCACAUGUUGUUCUCAUGCUAAGCGAUUCUGCUGCAGGUGACUGACCUGGAAUGGAAAAAGAGACGGCUAAGAACCAUCUCUGGGCUGAAUGCGCCACGAUUAUGAAUCGACUGUACUGUUCUUGACGCUGCCGAGCAGGGUCUUGUACUCGUAUAGCAUACUGUUUUGAGAAAU